CCCUUCCAUUAGGGACCCACUCCCAGUCCCCUCCUGGUUAGGGACCCUUUUCCCACCUGUUAAGGGUCCCCCUUCCUGUCCCCUCCCCUUCUGGUUAAGGACCCACUUCCUGUCUCCUCCAUCUGGUGAGACCUCUUUCUCCCGUGCCCUUUGACCUCUCACCUCCUCUCUCUCUCUCUCUCUCUCUCUCUCUCUCUUGCACCCCUUUUUCAGGGGACGUGGGACAAUGCGGUCUUUUUAGUCCCCCGCUUCUUCCUUCUGGGGGGACAAAGGGUGAUGGUAUCCCGUUGUUUAGCAUCCUGCCCUGAGGCUCUCCUCCUCCUUCACUUGAAGGCCUAAUAACCCCUUUCUAGGUUCUCCGCUUUAACAGCCCACCCGGCUCCUUCUCUUCUCCUCCUUCUCCUGGUUGCGCUCUGACCAGGGGAAGGGCCCGUUCCUGCUGCCCCCGGGCGGCCGCCACCACCAGCAGCAUGGUGGAGAAGCGCUGCCCGCGGCUGCAGAGGGAGAGCGUCUACCGCUGGUUCUCGGAGCUGCCAUCCCCGCAGCGGGUGGAGUUCCUGUGCGGCCUGCUGGACCUGUGCAUCCCGUUGGAGCUGCGUUUCCUGGGCGCCUGCCUGGAGGACCUGGCCCGCAAGGACUACCACUCGCUGCGGGACUCGGAGAUCAAGGCCAACAACCCGGCCGACCUGGGCAGCCUGACCAACCUGACGGAUGAGGUGGUGCGCAGCAAGCUGCUGGUCUCGCUGGCCCUGCUGGGUUCCUCGCACCGGGAGGCGGCCGGGGUCCUCUUCCGCACCCUUACCCACAUUGACUCGGUCAUCCACAACUACGGGCUGCAGCUCAACGAGGGCCGGACCGGGGACGAGUUCCUGCUGCUCUUCACCAUGGCUUCCAACCACCCGGCUUUCAGCUUCCACCAAAAGCAGGUCCUGAGGCAGGAGCUCACCAAGAUCCAAAACAUCGUUGCCAGCACCAGUAAGAGCCCCGGUGGCCCCGCAGCAAGCUCCAUGGGGACGUGUCCUGGCUGCCACAAGGUCACGCCAAGAUCUGAGACCCCCGUAAACAGCAUUGGUAAUAGUUUAGAAAAUGCACUACAUACAUCAGCACAUUCCAUUGAGGAGUCAUUACCCAAGAGGCCUUCAGGGAAACACUCCAAAGUGAACGUUGAAAAAGUGGAACUAAAGGGAUUAUCGCACAAGAAGAAUGAUAGGAACAUUGAAUAUUCCUUUGAGGUAGUAUGGUCUGAUUCUUCAGUGACGUUGGUAACAAAGUCUUCUGCCGAAGUCACGGAAUUCAUUUCAAAGUUAAAUCAGCUAUACCCAGAAGAAAAUUUGGAGAAGUUCAUUCCUUGCCUAACUGGUCCGGAUUCCUUUUACCUAGACAGAAACCACAUGGACCUGGAAUCGGACCUUAGGUAUUUGGCCUCCUUACCUCCCCAUGUCUGGAAAAAUGACCACGUCAAGAAGUUUUUCAGCACUUCAUCUCACACCCAGCAAUUUCAGAGUUCAAAUCCUGGCAACACUUCCCUUUAUAAAGUCGGUACUACACUGGGUUCUUCCGGAAGGCCCAUCUGCGGCGUGGCUGGCAUCCAGUCCUCGCAGGGCAGCCUCCCGCAGCAUCAUGCACAGCACCCGCCCCCUGCUGCCACCUCGGUGUCGCAUCCCCAUUGCGCUCAUGCGGGAGGGAGCGGGGCAUCCUUGGGUUGUCGGGCCCAGUUGGAGAACCCUUCGCCAGUUUUGAUGGCACCCGGCCCUCAGACUCCGCAGCAAUCCCAGGAGCAAAACGGGAUUUUGGACUGGCUGCGGAAGCUGCGCUUGCACAAGUACUACCCCGUGUUCAAACAGCUCACCAUGGACAAGUUUCUGAGCCUUACGGAAGAAGACCUAAAUAAAUUUGAAUCCCUCACCAUGGGAGCCAAAAAGAAGCUCAAAACCCAGCUGGAGUUGGAAAAGGAAAAGUCUGAGAAGCGGACACUGAAUCCAGCUGCCUCGUCUUCGGUGAGCACCGGAGUAGCCAGGGUCCCUCCCACCACUCACAUUGGCCCCAUCCAGAGCAUCCGUGGCAACCAUACAACAGAGCUACGUGUCGAUGUGGAUCAGCCAGCCCCAAACGCAGCCCGCGAAGGCAGUUCCUCGGAGUACUCCAGCUCCUCCUCCAGCCCCAUGGGAAUCCAGGCCCGGGAGGAAAGCUCUGACAGUGCUGAAGAAAACGAGAGACGUUUAGAGGUCCACUUGGAACCAUCCGAGAAGGAGAAGCCGGUCAUGAUCCUGAACCACUUUGGCUCCUCCAGGCCCACCGCCCAGGUCCUCCCAGUGCAGAAUGACACCGGGUCCAGUCCGUCCGCUCACCACGCCGUUCCGGUGCCGUUGAUGGCUGCAGGUUCUCCUCACAUCACCCCCAUUAGGAUAUUGAACUCUAUGCACAAACCAGAACGAGGGAAUCCGGACAUGAAGCUCCUCUCGUCCUCUAUGCACUCGCUCCUGUCUUUGGAAGACAGGGCAAAGUUCUCCCCUGGGCCACCACCGCGGAGCAGCGUCAAGAUGGAGAAGACUUUUGGCAACCCUCUCAUGGACGGCAUGUCAGCCUCUACCCAUCAGCCCCUUCAAGUGUUCUCCGGAGUCCCCGAAAACGGUUCUUCGGCGCCUUCCAUGAACUUCGGCCCACGAACCAAAAUGGUGCACGCUUCCGCCUUGGACCGAGUGGCGAAAGCGGCCCAUCAGCCCGGAAUAAUCGGGGAGCCCAACACUUCGGCAACCGUGACGUCCACCACCGUCUUCCACAUGGCAAGGCCUCCCAUUAAGCUCCUGGUCUCCUCUUCGGUCCCUACGGAUUCCACUGCGGCAGGGGGACAGUCCUCCUGCUCCGGCAAUAUGCAAUUCAGCGUCUCCCCAGCAAUAAUCAGCCCCCGGACUGCUCUCUAUACCGCCAACACCAAAGUGGCCUUCUCUGCCAUGAGCAGCAUGCCCGUCGCCCCGAUGCCCAGCAGCAGCUUCUGUGCAAACAGCAACACGGCCGCCUCCGGCAGCCACCCCUCCACGUCCUUUGCCAACAUGACAAACCUCCCCACUUGCCCUGCGCCCAGUUCGAGUCCCACCCUUUCGCCGGCUGCUGAGAACAGUUUCUACAACAACAACAGCGGAGGCAGCGGUUCCUCAGCAGCAGGAAGCGUCCCUGUCCCCAACCAGAACCACCAUCACCACCACCACCACCAGCAGCAACCUCCCGGGUGCAUGGUGUGCAGCUCCUGCGGCUGCAGCGGGAACUGUGGCUCCGGCGGCAUGACCGUCAGUUACGCCAACUACUUCCAGCACCCCUUUUCGGGGCCGUCCAUGUUUACCUUCCCGUUCCUGCCCUUCAACCCUUUGUGCGGCAACGGCUACAUCAACACGCAGCAGUACAACAGCAGCUCCGCCUUCCCCAUGGUCCACUCUCCGUACAAUGGCGGCCUCGCGCCGGACUCGGUCAUGGGUGGGCAGUCUACCUUCGCUGUACCGCCAAUGCAGAACUUCAUGGCGGGCGCCGCAGGGGUAUACCAGGCGCAGGGGGCAAUGGGUGGCGGCAGCAGUGGCGCGGGGCAUAAAAAGAACGGGAACCUCUCCUGUUACAACUGCGGGGCCAGCGGGCACCGGGCGCAAGACUGCAAGCAGCCGCCCAUGGAUUUCAAUCGACAAGGUACGUUUCGGUUAAAAUACGCUCCACCAGCUGAGAGUUUAGACUCCACGGACUGACAUGAACUCCGGACUUUUUGCUAUUCUGCGAUGGCCAUGCCAUUGGGAUGAUGAGGAGCCUUCAGAAUUGGAACCUGGGAAAAGUCCACUCGUUGAGCUUAUUAAUGUUAUUUUUUUAAUCCAAAGGUGCUCUACUUCAACACUAAGAAGGAACUGAAGCUAAAGGGGUUUUUUGUCAGUCCUGUUUUUACCCAUUUGCCAAAAUUAUAACGCGGGAUUUUAAAUUAAUGUCGGACCUUUUCGGACGGGAGGCGGAACUUGCUGACCAGCUACGCUUUCCGUCGCGAUGCAAACAGAGCUGCACUUUCGCCGAAGAAUGUUGCCAUACUUUUUGACCUUUGAUGCUGGAAACUCAAACUCCUUGGGCAGCUAUACAUUGUAAUGUGGAGUGAGAGGUUGAAGGUACCGUCGCCAAUUGCCUGCUGGACUCGUUAAAGACAUUUCGGGGCUCAGCCGAAACUCCUUUUUCUCGUCUCCUUUUUCUCACACCCGGCCCUACACUCUGGGAUUCCAAAAGUUUGCACUCCAGAAGAAUGUCCCGUUCUGUCUCGACCACGGAGACCAGCGCGAGAGGCGCGCCAUCAGUCGGAAACCGGCACCAGCAGGCUAUGUGAACUCCUAACAAUAAAGAAAUCUUAAUCCCCUCUCUCUCAACCCAAAAGAACUAAGGUGGAAGUUUGCUUUCAUUCUGGAAACAGUUCUAUCCUGUGCUUGUCAAGCAGUUGUUUCUAAAUAGAACCAAGUCGCCGGCUUCGGAUUAGGUUUAGUUUCCAGGAGUUGAGUGCCAGAGACUGCGCUUAUAGGGCUGGGAGGGGGAAGCCCUUCUUCGUAAGCUAUUGAUUACCUUACUAUUGGUUUCUCUUAGCAGGAAACACUACUCUGCCUUUAUCAUGAAUCCCAGAACUCAAGCUGUAGCGUUUUGAGUUUCAGAAUGUGCUGACUUUUCUCGAGCAAAUGUCUUCCCAGAAGGGCUUUUUAGGAAUCGAGACGGACAUUUUGCUCUGAAAGGCCUCCUUGGUUUCAAACGCAUUACGGACUAUUAGCAUUGAUAACUAGGUAGCAUUCUGCUCCCACUAACUUUAAAGAUAGGAUUGAGUCAACAAAGCUCAGAUAGCAGAUCUUGCGUUGCCGUUGGCUUUCGUGGCUGGAAUCACUGGGUUGCUGUGAGUUUUCCAGGCUGUCUGGCCAUGUUCCAGAAGCAUUCUCUCCUGGUGUUUUGCCCACAUCUGUGGCAAGCAUCCUCAGGGGUUUUGGGAUCUGUUAUUGUUUUAUUUUGUUUCGUGUCGGGAAUGACUUGAGAAACUACAAGUCACUUCUGGUGUGAGAGAAUUGGUUGUCUGCAAGGACAUUGCCCAGGGGAGCCUCCGGUGGCGCAGUGGGUUAAACCCCUGUGCCGGCAGGACUGAAGACUGAAAGGUCGCAGGUUCGAAUCCAGGGAGAGGCGGAUGAGCUCCCUCUAUCAGCUCCAGCUCCUCAUGCGGGGACAUGAGAGAAGCCUCCCACAAGGAUGAUAAAA